AGAACUCACGAUAUGAUUAACGCGAAUGUCAUUUUUGUCUAACCAGACACGUACAAAAAUCAUUUGCUACAGUUUUAUGUAUUUUCAUUUCAUUCCAGUCAUAUGAUACAGUAGCCGUAAACUCAAUUUGAAGUUUCUUGUUAAAUAAUUUUAAAACGCAGCUCUCCGGCUUUUCGUUUCUCGCUCAAAUUUCUUUGCAUAAUAUCUUUGUUAUGCCAUUUUACCAGUUUAUUCUCCUCCUCCUGCUGCCCACCCUACUAGACUCCGCAAACGUUUUGGUGAUAUCAGGACUCCGUGGUUCCCACCUGUAUAUCACUACUGAAGUGGCCGGUAAAUUAGUGGAGUUUGGGCACAAUGUAACCGUCUUGACGGCCCAUGAAGAUCCUAGAGUUGACUUUAGUGACAGAAACUUUGGUUUUACAACUUAUGCUGAUGAUAGAGACCCCGGAGGUAGGGAAUUCUUUACAAGAUGGGAGAGAGCUAUAGACAGAACUCUCACACUGCCCUCAGAGGACAUGAUAGUUGAUCUUCUUGAACAAGUUGAGGAUGUCUUCACAGAGUUUCAUAAGCUCGCAAUAUCGUAUUACACCGGGGAUAAGUUUUCGGAAUUACUCCACGAGGGCAAGUUUGAUCUUAUCGUUCUGGAACAAAGUGAGAUGUUGGGAGCAAGUCCUAAACUAGUGCACCUGGAUAUACCGAUACUGGGACUUUACUGCGUCUCAGAAAUGAAGGGCCCGAGAGAUUUCCAAUCUUUACCAGGGUUACAUAACAGCGAAAUUGCUUCAAUGAACGAAGUCAAUGAGAGUCCUCCAACCCUAGCUGAUAGGUGGAAGACUGUAUGGAGACAAGUUCGACUCUAUGCCCAGAUGUAUCCCGUUCUUUCGAACCUUUUUAAAGAAGAAAUGGAGAAAACGGGACUGUCUAUAAACGACUACUACCUGUCUCUGUUUGAUAUUAUCUUAGUGAACGACCAUCCGGCAUUUUCCUUCCCCUACCUAACCCCACCUAACACAUUCUACCUCGGACCACUCCAAUUGAUAGACCGGGUCAUCAGCCCUCUCCCGGACCUUUACAGUGAGUUUAUAAGCAACUGUCCGUACCCUCACGUGGUGUAUUUAUCAUUCGGAACCUACUUCCAGGGUAUCACUCAGCUUUCCAAAUCGGAGGAUAUCAUUCGCACCCUAGCUAAGAUGAAGUUUUGCGUGAUCGUGAAAACGAACUUGGACAUUGCAGAGCAGUACCACGUGACAAAGACACAGUUCCUGUCCCAGAAAUGGAUUCCACAGAAAGAUCUGCUUGGCAGCGGCAAGAUCCUCUUCUUCAUCUCUCACUGUGGUAAUAACGGCAGGAUGGAGAGUAUCUAUUACAAUGUGCCUCUGUUGUGUAUCCCGCUCUUUGCUGAUCAGUACCACAACGCUAGGCUGGUACGGAGCAGAGAGUUCGGAGUGUGUUUGACCAGGGAGGAACUCAGUACGGCGAGCCUGGAGCAAGCACUGGACGUCAUGGUGGAGAGGAGAACUGUUCAUGUGGAGAAUAUGAGGGAGGCGGUGCGGAUUGCUGUCAAUGAUCCUGGAGCAGGGACCGAUGUUUUGAGGUUUUACUCCGAUCUCCUCAUUAAGAAUAAAAAUGCUGAAUUUUUGAUCAACAGAAUUGUUGAAAAACAAUGGUCUUAUGAAAUUUUGAAUCUUGAUUUUCUAUUAUUGGCAUUUUUAGCUUUAGCCGGAACUGCCCUCUUUUUCAUAACCUGUAUCUAUAAGUGUAUUCGGUAUUGCUGUCGUAACAGGAAGUCUAAAAGUAAAUGUGAGUGAUUCGAUUAUAGCUUUAUAGUAUCUUGGCAUAAUAUUUGCACACUACGAUUACUAUGUUAAUUUCCGCCAUUGAAAAUGAAGUUGUUGAUUAUCUUUUUAUUAUUUUAUUUAUUUUAUUAUUUUAUUUAUUCACUUCACGUUUUCU